AUGUCUCCGGUGAUGUGCGCCGCGCCAGGCGUGCAGGUCAAGCCAGCGUUCACGGCGGCGCCGGCGCCGCUGGCGCGUCCCGCCAAGCGCAUCAAGAUCAUCAUCCGCUCGCAGGGCGGUCCGCGCGCCAAGGCGGCGCUGCGACAGGUCCUGAGCGCCAACGAGCCGCUGCGCCGUCUGCAGCGGCUCGGCGUGUACCGGUGCCUGAGCGGGCCGGCAGCACGGCCUCUCAGCGCCCCUUCCAGUCCUGUCAGCGGCGACGAGAGCUCGCUCGCCGACAGCGAGGAGGCCUGCAGCCCCGGCUCGACCGGCGCCACCAACACCGACAUGCUCGAUGACAUGCUGCCGGUGGAUGAACUGCUUGACAACAUACUCAGUCUCCAGAGCGACCAUGCCGACUCCGCGGGGAACACGCCGACCAGCCUGCAGGAGCGGUCGGCGAACGGGCCCCGGGGCGUGCUGGUCAAGGACCCGGCCUCGUGCCCGGAAGCCAGCGAUCCGUACAGCGAGGAAAUACUCAGUUCCGAUCAAGCCUUCCAGUCUUUCUUCAAGGACCGACAGAAAAAAGACAACCACAACAUGAUCGAGCGGAGGAGACGCUUCAAUAUCAACGAUAGAAUCAAGGAGCUAGGCACUCUGCUGCCGAAGUCCAGCGAUCUGUAUCAUGACAUAUCACGAGACUGUCGCCAAAACAAGGGCUCGAUCCUGAAGGCGUCCGUGGAGUACAUCCGGCGGCUGAAGCAGGACCUGGAGCGCGCCAAGGAGAUCGAGUCGCGCCAGAAACAGAUGGAGCAGGCCAACAGGCGACUGCUGCUCCGGAUACAGGAGUUGGAGCUGCAGGCGAAGGCUCACGGCCUGCCGCUGCACGACGAGCUGUGGAAGACGAUGCCGGACGAGGCGCAGUGCGCGGCGCCGUCGGGCGCGAGACCAGCGUCGCCGCCGCCGCCGCCACCGCCGCCGCCACCGCCGCCGCUGCUCGCGCAGCCGCCGCAGCCGGCGCCGCCCGACGCCGCCGUCCAGCCGCCCGCCUGUCGCGUCAAACAGGAGCCGGAGCCGGAGACGGAGCCGGUGCACAUGGCGCCCUCUGCCGAGGACCUGUUUGGCGACGCUUCCAUGUUCGACAGCCUGAUGGAGGGCGACGAUGUGCUCGACCCCAUGUUCUCCACCUACAACGGCUCGCUGACGCUGGCGCCCGAGCUGUGCGCCAGCGACGAGCACGACCCGAUUCUGAGCGCACUGCUAGCGCUGGACGAUCCGCUCGUCGGCGGCGACAUCACCAUGGUGUAGCCGACGCGCGUGCCUUGUGGCCCCGCUGGCCCGGCCAGCUGCAGGCGGACUGGCGAGUGCUGAUCGCAGGCGGAGGCGCGGUUAUCGCGUGCAGACGGGUCCAUCGCCACGGCCGGUCACUCUCUCGAGGGUGGCAAAGGUCGGCGUCGCUGACCUCUGCGCUGGCUGGAACAAUGCGGCUCCGGUGCUGGAGGCGCUGGAGCGAUCGGGGCGUCGCCCGUGCCGGUGAGGGGUACGAGAGGUUACGUUUUUGCCGGUAGGUGUCAGUCGUGCGUGGCGUCCACGUCCGCCAGUGCUGGAGUGCCGUUGAUGUGUUGGCGUCAGCAAGAAGCCUCCGUAUCAAGUGUUUGAACGCUCCAGAAUAACUCGCUUGAACGGUGACAGCGGUCACGUAGCGUUUUGUAAGUGUAUUCAGGAUUUGCGUAGAUCGAGUUUGCACUGUUAAAUAGUUUUGAGACAAAAUAUUUUACUAGCGGUAAGCGUUUGCUAUUGGUACCUGUUAACUUUGUGCCAUUAACGACCUUGGUGAGCUGGGACGGUGGGUUGCGGAGCCUGUCAGCCUGUCAGGGUCUAGUUUGUCGGCCUGUUCAGCCUAGGUUCGUUGCGUUGCGAUGGGCCGCCGUCAUCAUCACAGCUGAAGUAUGCUGUCCGUACAUUCCUGGUAGCCGCCUGCUGUGCCGUGGGCACGGUUUCGCGCCGCUGUGAUGCUGCUGUGCAGGCUGUGUGUCACAGCUGCCGCUGGGCCGGUGGUGCCUUCAAGCCCACCUUUUCCCGCCGAGACAUGAGGCGCCGCACGUGCCGUCGUCCCCUGCCGCCAAGCACUCUGUCACUCUGCUGGCGCCGUUUCGAAUCUUUCUCUCUUCGUCUUUGAGAAGCACCCAGCCGUUGUUUAUGGCUUCGCGUGUUCUCCGCCGCUGGCUGUCGUCCCACGUGGUCGGUGUUCCCAUCCGCGGUGUCUAAUCGCCGGUGUGGCGUCCCAGUGUCACCGGUGUCACGCGUCACAGUGUCACCCGUGCCACUGGUCCCUGUAGGGGAUUUCAGGCGUUCCAUGCAUCUCUGCGCCCAGCAUCCCUCGCUACAUCCCCACUCUCUGUCCCUGGCGAACUAUCCGUGUCGUGUUGUCCCUGCAUGUACGCGGUCGCACUCUGGGCCUACUGGCCAACGCAUCCAACUGUCGUCUACUCCUCCGCGGUCCCCGGGCUAGCAGGCCAGGUGAUAGAUGUCCCUUCCAUCGUCCCCCUCCCCGCGAUCGAGUAGGCGGAUGCCUUCAACGUGUGUUCAAACAGUGUGUCUUGUCCGCGACAAUGUGGCGUCCGCGUUAUCACGAAUAGAACUGAAUAUCAUCCUGCGUACCAGAUGUGGUCUUCUGGU